UCACCGCACCUUCCCGACAGCGACCACAUCCACUUUCCCCUUCUUUCUUCUCGGCGGAGGCGACAGGAAGGCGAACGACGAACCCUAGCCGCCCGAGGAACAAAGGACACCCAGAUCCCCAAGGCUAGCGACGAUGGCGGCGGUUUGAUGCUUGGCGAGGAGGCUCGGUGGCUCCCUGCUCCAGCGAACGCAGGCGGCGGUCGCGGAGGAGGGAGGCCUGCUCGUGCCAAGCAGGCUCAUGCGCUCCCGCGAGCUCUCCAGCAAGGCCUCCGGCCAGCAUGCUCGUUCACACUCUACAUGCCAGAUCCAGCAGAAGGAGGAGGAGCAGCUGUAUGAUGUGUUGAACAAGGCUAUUGAGAAGCAUUUUUCUGCACAAGCCACUCAAAGAACACCAUUUGACCCUAUGCGCUUUAAGAAGUACACAGAAAGGGCUCGUGGUGUACUAGAUUUGGCUUGCAAGGCGACAUUUUUUGUUUAUGGUAGUGCUUUUCUGUUUGGUAUCACUGGCGUAGACAGGAUGUUGGGGUUCCCAAGGAAGGUCAAUGAAGACAAAAAUGUUGGACUUGACAGGGGAAGUCAGUGAAGGCAAAAUCAAAGAUUGAGAACCAAAGAUGGCCCCAGCAUGUUUGAAGUUUAAUUAUAACAUCUGCAGAGCUUGGUUAGCUAGCACCAUGCUAUCUUUGUGACAUUGUGUGGCAUGGUGUCAUGUAUAUCUCUAUCUAUCUAUUCGAGUGAAACCGGAGGUUGUAUGCUUUACCGCUGGCACUAUGUCACUGGCAAUGGUUGUCGGACUUAUUUUGGCCAGUGCUUUUAUCAGAUUCCAAUCAGCUUUGAAGGUUCACUUAAACAAAAAAUGUGUAACGUCUGUUAGAGAUCCA